AUGGGUAUUUCGUGGAGCAGUAGUAGAAGAAGAAACAAUUUCAUCCACAACCCACCUCAACAACCACCCUCACUUCCACCACCACCACCACCUCAUUAUUAUUACUCAACUGAAUCACACCCACCACCUCCACCAGCACCUCACCAGCAACAAGGUUACUAUUAUCCCUCAACCACCACCGGCUACGCCACUCCCCAUCAUCCUCCUUCUCUUCAACCUCAUACCCAUUCGUUUUACUUCUCUAACCCUAACGCAAACAUCAACUACGCUAAUCCUCGUGUUAUGGUCCACCCUUCUUACUAUGUGAAUCAACAUGCCUGGGGUCCACCUCCUCCUCCUCCUCCUUUGCCUUCUUCAUCCACCCCGCCUCCGUAUGUUGAUCAUCAGACUGCUAAGAAGAUUAGGAAUCAUGUCAAUGUUCAUAAAGAUACUUUGCGCCUUGAAGUUGAUGAGCAUAACCCUGAUCAACAUCUCGUUUCGUUUGUUUUCGAUGCUGUUUAUGAUGGCAGCAUUACUGUCUCUUACUUUGCGAAGGAAGAAGAUAAAUGUAGGUUUGUUCCACUCUUUCCUGAUGCAUUUGUGCCAGUCAAAGUCCCCUUUGAGAAAGGAGUUGGCCAGAAAUUUUCCCAGCCUUCAGGAACAGGGAUUGACCUGGGCUUCUUUGAGUUGGAUGAUCUUUCAAAGCCUUCACCUGGGGAAGAUGUCUUUCCUCUUGUAAUAUGCGCCGAAACUUGUUUGGAAACUCCCUCGGAAAACGAAACUCCUAAAACUCCUGAUGAUUCCAUGCUAAAUGCAUCCCCUCACAUGCAAAUAACUCAAGCCGUCUUGGAGAAACGCAAUGGUGCUUUCCAGAUAAAAGUAGUUAAACAGAUUCUGUGGAUUGACGGUGUUCGCUAUGAGUUGAGAGAGCUAUAUGGAAUAGGAAACUCAGAAGCUGCAGGAUUUGAUGACAGUGAUCCUGGGAAGGAGUGUGUAAUAUGCAUGACUGAACCAAAGGAUACAGCUGUCUUACCUUGUCGACAUAUGUGUAUGUGCAGUGAUUGUGCGAAAGCUCUGCGACUUCAAUCCAAUAAAUGCCCUAUAUGCCGUCAGCCCAUUGAGGAACUUAUGGAGAUCAAGGUGAAGAGUGGCAAUCCAUGA